GGGCGGGGACUUGCUGAGAUUUAACCCCUGAACGUCUGCGGACCUGGCCGCCGCCGAGCUGUAGUGGGGGACCAGGCUGGCCCUACCUGCCGGUACUUGACGUGAAUGUCGGAAAACAUCUUUCGGGAAAGCUCUCUGGGGCAGGGAGCUCCCUGGAGAAUUGAAAUUGAGAAAGAAUCUCUCAGACACAGAAUUCCAUCCCCUCCCUGCUUCAACUGGGCAGCGUCUUCAGACUCCCUCUACCCAGAAUGGCAGGAAAGUCUGGAGCCUUGGCCUACCAUACUCCAAAAGAACAAGAAGGACUCAUAAUUGUGAAGGUUGAAGAAGAAAAUUAUGUCUGGGGGCAGGACCUUGGCCUUCCAGGAAAUGCCUGUAGCCAGGAUGCCUUCCGCCAGCGGUUCAGGCAGUUUGGUUACUCUGACUCUGCGGGGCCCCGGGAGGCUCUGAGCCGUCUCCGAGAACUUUGCUGCCUGUGGCUGAGGCCGGAGGUGCACAGCAAGGAGCAGAUCCUGGAGCUGCUGGUGCUGGAGCAGUUCUUGGCCAUCCUGCCGGAGGAGCUGCAAACCUGGCUUCUAGAGAAUAGACCAGAGAGUGGAGAGGAAGCUGUGGUGAUGCUGGAGGAGCUGGAGAAAGAGCUUGAUGAGCCAAGGCAACAGGACACAGCUCAUGCCCAAGGAAUGAUGUGGAAGGAAAUGACAUCUGUAGGAGCACUGAAGUCACUGAGUGUCCAGCUCCAGCCCUUGGAGAACCAGCACAAGAGUGAGACUCAGGAACCCCAGGCUUUCUCUGAGAGAGAUGGCAAUCUGGUGGCUGACAAAGUAUUGAAAGCGAAGCAAGACAUUAUUGAAUGUGGCUCGUCAGCAGCCAUGAGCCCCGGACAACGCCCUGGGGAGACUCCUUCAGGACAGACAGUUGGAGAAGCUUUGGGAGGUCUGGAUGACUUUGAUAAACCAAAAGGAAGUGCUGCAGGGAACAAAGUGAGUCAACUCCCUUUCCAGGAAAGGCAUUUUAGCCUGCCAAGCUUCAACAAGAAUGUCUUCACAGAAGAGCAUGUCCUGGAACAUGAUGGAAAUGAAAGAAGUCUCAGUCUGAACUCAAAUAUCAUAGUGCAACCGAGAAUUCACACUGGGGGAAAGCUCUACCAGUGCUUUGACUGUGGGAAAGCCUUUUGCCAGAGCUCAAAGCUGAUUAGACAUCAGAGAAUUCAUACUGGAGAGAGACCUUACACUUGCAAAGAAUGUGGCAAAGCCUUUAGUUUGAGCUCAGACCUUGUUAGACAUCAGAGAAUUCAUAGCGGUGAAAAACCCUAUGAAUGCUGCGAGUGUGGUAAAGCUUUCAGGGGCAGCUCAGAGCUUGUCAGGCAUCGGAGAAUUCACACUGGAGAGAAACCUUAUGAAUGUGGUGAAUGUGGGAGAGCUUUCAGCCGGAGCUCAGCCCUUAUUCAGCAUAAGAAAAUUCACACUGGAGACAAAGGCUAUGAAUGUAUUGAAUGUGGUAAGGCUUUUGGUAGAAGCUCUAUCCUUAUUGAACAUCAGAGAAUUCACACUGGUGAGAAACCUUAUGAAUGUAAUGAAUGUGGAAAAUCCUUCAAUCAGAGCUCAGCCCUUACUCAACACCAGAGAAUCCACACUGGGGAAAAGCCUUAUGAGUGUAGUGAAUGUAGGAAAACAUUUAGGCAUAGAUCAGGCCUCAUGCAGCAUCAGAGAACUCACACCAGAGUUUAACUCUGAGGGUAAGAGUUGUACAAUUGUGAAAUACUAGAACUUCACUUUGGGGGUAAAACUCCACGAAGAUAGAGAUUUCCUGAGAGCAGAAUUCCUGUCCUUUCAGUGCAAUUAAUUAUUGUAAGAGUAGGUCCACACGAAGGUGUUGCUGAAGUGUUGAAUGAGUACCUUCACAGUAAAUCCAGGAUUGGGGGAGAGAUCCUGAGAGGGCUCCUUAUACGAUGGGCUAAGAGGUAGUGAUGCCCCUAAUGGCAAGGAUCCCUGCCCAGCAAGAGCAUCUGUGCAUUUGGGAGGUGGAGGCACAUGCUGAGAGUUAUUCGGUCCUUUGAAAUGUUGAUUCAUGCCCUGGAUCAGUUUAGUAGUACCUGGGGAAUGUUAGCUCAUUCUGCUCCCUUUCUGUUCUCUCUUCAGCCCUGAGCUUCCUGUGGGGUCAGUUGAAGUCUGCUUAUUUAUUGAGUACCUGCUGCAUGUUAGCCAUCAGGGACAGUCAGGCCAUUGCUUUCCCAGAAUUAAGAGCUAAUGGGUGGGAGUUCCCGUCGUGGCUCAGUGGUUAACAAAUCCGACUAGGAACCAUGAGGUAGCAGGUUUGAUCCCUGGCCUGGCUCAGUUGGUUAGGGAUCUGGCGUUGCCUUGAGCUGUGAUGUAGGUCGCAGACAUGGCUUGGAUCCCUCGUUGCUGUGGCUCUGGCAUAGGCCAGCAGCUAUAGUUCCAAUUGGACCCCUAGCCUGGGAACCUCCAUAUGCCGUGGGAGCGGCCCUAGAAAAGGCAAAAAAAAAAAAAAAAAAAAAAAGAGAUAAUGGGAGGAGUUCCCCUCAUGGCUUAGAGGUAACAAAUCCAACUAGGAUCCAUGAGGACAUGGGUUCAACCCUGGCCUUGCUCAGUGGGUUAAAGGAUCUGGCAUGGCUGAGAGCUGUGGUAUAGGUCACAGACGUGGCUCAGACCUGGCAUUGCCGUGGCUCUGGCGCAGGCUGGUGGCCUCAGUUCCAAAUCGGCUUCUAGCCUGGGAACUUCCAUAUGCUGCAGGUGCAGCCAAAAAAGCAAAAAAAAAAAAAAAAAAAAAAAAGUUAUGGGAUAUAUAUUUACAGUUAAUUACAGUAAAGGGUGAUCAGUGAUCUGGCAGGAUAAAUCCAAGAUUCUGUUCAGAUGCAUGGCAAGAAUACCUAGCCUGGUCCACGAAUCCUGGAUGUGAUGAAAUCUCAGGUGAGACAUAAAAGGUGGGUAGAGGUAGCCAGAUCAAGGCAAGAAUGAAGAGAAGAACCUCACAGGCAGAGGUCAGAGCAUGUGCAAUGGCACGAAGAGAGGACCUAGAGAUGUACACCCCUUUCUCUGGACCCUUCUUUCUGGCAGGAAUUUGUUCUUGUAGCCCGUGGGUCAGAAGCCAGCACAAGUGUUGGUUCCUCUCUUCCUAUUUAGUCACUGGGUUGGGUGGCCUGUCCCGGCUCCUUGAACUGCUCAGGAGAAUUAGCCUGGUGGAAGACUUUGCUGUAUUGAUAGAAAAAGGCAUGUUUGUACACCAGUGAAAGAAUACAUAUUGGAGGCUAGAGGGACAGUAGGGACACAAGUGCUUGUGUCCUAUGACCCUGGGGCCCAGGAAAUGGGAAGCUGACAGGAACACAGGAAUAGGCGGUCUGCCUUUCUUGGCUCCACUAGUCCUCAUUCCCUGUUCCCUCCCCUCGUCACCAGGCUCACAGAUGCUGACCUAUUGGAGGGCAGUGACUGGUGAAUUAUCCCUCAGAUUCCUCAGAACUCUACUUCUCUCAUUUUUAUCUUGGCAGUUUUAAUUAACCCACAAUUAAUUGCUGAGGGCGAAUAAUACCUAAGAAAGUUUUAUGAGUCCUUUUCUAAGAUGUCCUGAUUUCCCUUCCUGAUACUGUCACUUCUGAAGAAGAUGUGAUCCAAGCUGUUAUAAUAGGGAGGUGAAAUUGGGGGGAUGAUCCAAAGGUUGUGGAAUUAUUAAGUGAGGUCAGAAGUCUAAAAAAGAUCCUUCAAAUGGAUAGAGCACUGCCUUUUCCUAUAGGUGACAAUCAAAUGAUUUCAUAUUUUUAAUACUGUUUAACUGAUUGUGAAUCAAUUGUAAAUGUUGAUAGUGCAGAAAAUGAGAAAUUAUCCGUCACCCACAGUCCACCAUUCAUAGAAACAUUGUUAUCAUUUGGAGUACUUUUACUCCCCCCCCCAGUUUUUUUGGGGGGGUAAAAAUAUUGUUUGGUAAAUCAUUUUUAUUAAGUGCUUUUAAUGUUUAUACUUGAGUAAAUAUUUCAACCUCUUAGUAUAGUAUGGAAUUCAGAUGUCUUAUAAUAAAAUUUGAUUUUUA